UAGUAUUGUUCAAACAUGUUUGACUUGCCACAACUCUCAUAAAUUGCAGCUUUCCACAUUCAUCAAAGAAACCUCAUUCUUCGUUCAUUACUUUUUGCCAAUCCAAGAAUCUCUCUUUAUUGCUUCCUUAAUCCUCUUCGUUACUUCUCCCUAUAAGAAGAUAGACGGAAUAAUACCUCCAACUUUUAUAAGUCGAUCCAUUUAAAAAAUUUCGUAGCAAGAACCAAAAUCUCCUUCAACAAUGGCAUUUACUAGUUCUUGAAAUUCUUUUCUAUUAACCCAUAAUUUUAGUUUUUAAAAGAAAAAUUAAAAGCCAUAUUUUGUGAGAUAAAAAUUUUGAGCUAUGAAAAAAGUGAGAGGUUUCAGGCUUGGACGGAAGCUGGUGAGAGUUUUCAGCUGGUUUAUUCACAGCAGAACAAAGGGAAGAGUUGGACACAAGCGGCUGAGAUCACCGGGAUGUGCUAGCAGAGCCAUUUCAAAGCUAUGCAAAUUAGGACGUAUUCUGAAGCAGGGAGCAAAAGGUCUCUGCUUUGCAAGACCCAAUUCGGGUUAUAUCCGGGUCGGGCAUGAUCCGGUAGAACCGAAGCAGGUGACCGUGCCAAAGGGACAUUUAGCUGUGUACGUGGGUGAGAAGAAAGAUGAUACUUGUAGAAUUGUAGUGCCUGUGAUAUACUUUAAUCACCCUUUGUUUGCUAAUUUGUUGAGGGAAGCAGAAAUGAUAUAUGGGUAUAAUCAUUCGGGUGGGAUCCAAAUCCCUUGUCCAAUAUCCGAAUUUGAGAACGUUCAAUCAAGAAUCGCCGCCACAGGCGGUGGUGAAAACUGCCGUGUAGAGCGGAGCUGGAGGUGCACAUACUGAUUUAGGCUACGGAACAACCCCCUACCUUUGACUAUUUUUCGCCGACGAAAAAAGGGCACGAUAGAUGUGUUGGGGAGGUUUAGUUUAUGUUACUUCUAUACUUCAACUUGAGGGAAAACGAAAAGAUUUUUUUUAUAGAAAAGUUUGUAGUGAUGUCAAAUAUUUCGGGUGUGAAGGAUUUAUUUGUAUUAAUUCAUGUAAACCUUCGAGCUCAAUUUUCAAAUGCAUAUUACUCCGUUUAUAGA